AUGGCUACCCCCAAUAUGGCGCACAUGGUCGCCGUCCUUGAGAAAAAUCAGAUCAUGAACUUCAUUGUUGUGGCCGUUGCGACGAUUGUUGUGUUCGACUACUUGAUGACUGUCCAGCAGGAACUGGAGCUCUUCUGGAAGAGAAGGUUGAACCUGUCCUCCAUACUAUUCCUAUCCAAUCGCUAUGUGGCUAUCAGUUAUUAUGUUGCCUUGCUCCCAAUCAGAUUCUUUCCUUCGGUCACUCAGGAGUACGGCCCAUCAAUGUCACAGCUACAAUAG